AUGUAUGAAAACUUAAGUGGAGGAUGGAGACAGAGCAGAGGACGUCUGAGAGGAGGAGGAAGAGGAGGAGGAGGCGGUGGCGUGCCUUCAGAAAGAACUGCGUCCUGUCUUCUGCUCACACUCAUCAUUGGUGUGUGUUGCGUUCAUGCUCUGGAGAUGUCUACUGGUAAGGUUCCAUUUCUAGAAGCAGUGAACGGCAGCACAGUGCUUCUGCCUUGCACCUAUGCCAGCUGUAUUGGGAUCACUAACCUCUACUUCAAAUGGGAGUUCAAUGAUAAUGGCACCAUGCAGAAGGUGGCUGAUUCUGUAAUUCCAACGGAUCAUGUGGAGCCAAAUAAAGUGAACAUUUACCGUGAGAGGGUGGAGUAUGUCGGCUCCAGUAAAGAAAAUAACAUCUCCAUCCUGCUUUGGAAUGUAACAUUUGAGGAUGUAGGUGACUACGUCUGCUUUGGCAAAAACCCCAAAGAGAAGGGCAAGAAUCACAGCGCCAUUUUCACUCUAUAUGUAGUAGAGGAACUAAGGGAGGUUGAUAACACACUCACCAUCAUGAUUGCCUCCUGUGUUGGUGGAUUCAUCGCUUUUUUAAUGGCCUUCAUGCUGCUAAAAAACUUCACUCUGUUCGUUCUCGCAAAGAUUGAGGAAAAAAAUAAGGAAUGCCUUGUCACCUCCUCAGGGAUUGAGAACACAGAGAACGGUCUGUCGGGCUCCAAAUCUACACCAAAGAAAGCAUGACAGCGUGCAACCAAACACAGUCCCACAUGCACGUGAAAACAUGGAUCAGCCAUCAUGCUGUGCCCUCUCUUUUUAUUUACAUCCGUGUUUACAAAUGCUAUACUUAUGUUUUUAUGAUGUAGAGCAAUCAUAGUAUUAAACAAGAUUUUCAUUCAUAACAUUUCCAUGGAUGAUAGUCACAUGACUCAUUUUAAACAUUUAGUUGAUGCAUAAACACGGAUAUGAAUAAAAAGAGGGGCAUAAUGUAUUUCUGCAUAUAUUUCAAUUUAUAUAUGCAUUUAAAUAUGCACCACACAUGCAGCCUCACGCACUUUAGUUUCUUGGCCCACACCGAAUCUGUGGGCUGUAUUUAUUCUUAUGAUAGAAAAAUUAAAUAUUUUCUUCAACAAUGCUUGACACAGGGAAAAAUUUAGCUAUGCUAUUCAUUUAGUGCAUUGAACUGCACUGUAAAACUGUGAAGGGCCCAUGGCCUCAUUUGUACUGUAGGUAUGUAACUAAAAUAGUUGUGAAAGGAGUACGUUUCUUGUGUUAAAAAGAACAAAACAUGCAGUGCUGUUUGUCAAAUGGCCAUCGAAUUUGAAAAUAUAUCUGUUGUAGAAAGAUCAGUUAUGCAACAGUGAUUUGCAUUGUUUCACUGACAGACUGUCAUAGCUGGUUAAUGACACUGCAUGUUUUAAUGCAGUACCUCUAAAUAGAGCAAAAAAAUAAAUAAAAAUCAGCAGAACUCUGAUUGUAAUAAGCAUGAAGGGAGAAUUAGGCCUUAUUUGAACAGUCUUGAGUCCAGUUCAAAAUAAAUCUCAUUACCAUUUUUGCUUGAAAAUGAAACACAGGUGCCUGUUAACACUUCUGUCGUCACCUUUUGGCGAGGAUGACUGAAUCAAUGCAGAACAUUACAAUGCAAAGAA